AUGACUGACCCCGUCUUGAACGACAUCUCUCACAGGCGCUUCAAUCUGUUGCGAGGAAGUUGGAUAUUAGUUUCUCCACACCGGACAAAGCGCCCAUGGCAAGGCAUGCAAGAGUCGCCCUCGAAGACGACACUCCCCGAUUAUGACCCCAAGUGCUAUCUAUGUCCGUCAAAUACGCGGGCUAAUGGCGAGCACAACCCCAAGUUUGAGAGCACUUUUGUUUUUGUCAACGACUACAGUGCCGUCAUGGAAGAGCAACAAGAGUAUCGCCCAGACUCCAAAGAUGGUUCUCUUGCUUCCCGCCUGCUCCGCGCUGAAGCCGUGACUGGAAAAUGCUACGUCAUAUGUUUCUCCCCGUCCCACAACCUCACUCUGGCCGACAUGUCGCCCGCUCAGAUUGUGCCAAUCAUAGAAACCUGGACGAACAUUUAUGUUGCGCACCUGGAUUCAAAGUCACCGCUGGCUAAACUUGCUUCGGCAAUCAACAUUCCACCGCUUUCACAGGGCCCUCUUACCCCACCAAGCGCGCAGUACCGGUACAUGCAAAUCUUCGAGAACAAGGGUACGGCAAUGGGCUGCUCUAAUCCCCACCCCCAUGGCCAAAUCUGGACGACUACCUCACUUCCUGAAGAGCCCGCGACCGAACUUGUGCAACUGAGCAAGUACCGUAAAGAAAAUGGCGGUUCCCACAUGUUGGUGGAUUACGCCGAGUUAGAGUCAAAAGAGAAGGCACGCACGGUAUUCGAGAACGAGAACUUCUGGGCCGGUGUUCCGUACUGGGCCGUCUGGCCGUUUGAGAUUAUGAUUAUCUCGAAGCAGCACAAGCGGUCACUCGUGGAUUUCACAAAAGAAGAGCGUGCACAAUUAGCAGAGGCUAUUGCUGAGAUUACGAGGCGGUAUGACAACCUCUUUGAGACGCAGUUCCCGUACAGUAUGGGACUCCAUCAGGCUCCUCUUACAGGCACAGCCGACGAGAUUGAGUGCAGCCAUUUCCACAUUCACUUCUAUCCACCACUACUACGAAGCGCCACAGUCCGCAAGUUCCAGGUCGGCUACGAGAUGAUGGCCGAGCCUCAGCGUGAUAUCACGCCUGAGCAAGCAGCAGAGCGCCUGAGGAGUUGUGACGGCGAGCUUUACCGUAGGAAGCUCGAAGCAUCACCCGUAACCAACGGUGUAAAUGGCGUCAAUGGCGUAAACGGUGUGAACGGCACACAUUAG